GGCAGACUUCUGUACAGAAGCGCCAUUUUCUGUUGUAGACGCCGUAACGGUUUUCUCAAGUCUUUUAGCUGUACGCUCUUUGAGGAGGAUCCCGCGUUAAUUGGUUUUUCCAGGAAAGAUGGGACGUAAGAAGAAGAAGCAGAUGAAGCCUUGGUGCUGGUACUGCAACAGGGACUUUGACGAUGAAAAGAUUCUCAUCCAGCACCAGAAGGCAAAGCAUUUCAAAUGCCAUAUAUGCCACAAGAAAUUAUAUACGGGCCCAGGUUUAGCCAUCCACUGUAUGCAAGUGCAUAAAGAGACUAUUGAUGGGGUACCCAAUGCUAUACCUGGAAGAACAGACAUAGAAUUGGAAAUCUAUGGUAUGGAGGGCAUUCCUGAAAAAGAUAUGGAGGAGAGGAGGCGGGUCCUUGAACAAAAAACACAAGCUGAGAGUCAGAAAAAGAAACAGAACAACCAGGAUGAUUCAGAUGAGUAUGAGGAGGAUGAAGAGGCAGGUCCCUCAUUUCAGCAGCCAGCUGUGCAGCCCCAGACCAGCUACAUCACCCCCAUGACCCAGCCAGGGAUGCCACCUGUGCAUGGGGCUCCAGCUGUGCCCCCAGGGAACUUUGCAGGAAUGCCUCCCAUGAUGCCUGGUGUUCCACACAUGAUGCCUGGGAUGCCACCUGUAAUGCCAGGGAUGCCUCCAGGAAUGAUGCCAAUGGGUGGGAUGAUGCCUCCUGGUCCUGGAAUGCCCCCAAUGAUGCCAGGCAUGCCCCCAGGCAUGCCACCUCCGGUGGGGCAUCGCCCUGGUAUGUCUCACAUGACCCAGGUGCCGCCUGUAACAACACCAGGUAUACUCAGCCAGCCAGCCAUGACUGCAGCCACGACCCCUGCUCCUCAGCCAGCUGUUACCAAACCUCUGUUUCCAAGUGCAGGACAGAUGGGGACUCGUGUUCCAACCACAAGUACAAGCUCUCCGAGUGUCGACACUCUGUCAGCAUCUUCUAAACCACUGUUUCCUAGCACGGCACAAGCACAGCAGGCAGUGACAGGGCCAGUGGGUGCAGAUUUCAAACCUCUAAACACGCCUGCCACCACCUCAGACCCUCCCAAGGCGACAUUCCCAGCUUACACACAAUCCACUGCCUCAACGACUAAUCCCUCCAGUAGCACGGUGUCCAAACCCCCUGCUACUGUGACAAGUAAGCCAGCCACCCUUACCACAACGAGUGCAACCAGUAAGUUGAUCCACCCUGAUGAGGAUAUUUCUCUGGAGGAAAGGCGGGCUCAACUCCCUAGAUAUCAGCGGAAUAUUCCGCGCCCGGGCCAAGCCCAUAUGGCUGUCCCGCCUGUCGGACCAAUGGGCGGCAUGAUGCCCCCACAGCAGGCUAUGCCUCCACAGCAACCAGGAAUGAGGCAUCCUAUGCAUGGGCAAUAUGGUGCUCCUCCCCAGGGAAUGCCUGGUUACAUGCCAGGGGGAAUGCCUCCCUAUGGCCAGGCACCCCCUAUGGUCCCCCCAUUUCAAGGAGGACCACCAAGACCACCCAUGGGGAUGAGACCACCUGUAAUGUCUCAGGGAGGUCGAUAUUGAAGCUGAACCACCGUCCCUCACUAGGUUUUUAGAAGGGAAGUUUAGUAAAUGUGGUUCGUAAUGUUUUGAAGGCGCUGGAGUAACAUGAACAUACCACCUUUAAUCAAGGCAAGUUUCUGUACAUGCGUUAUUCUACUGAACAAUGAGGCCUUCACAGCACCCUAGGUGCUGUUGGACAUUAUGUCCCCAACUUUGCUUGGUGAGGGCUUCAAGUAACUUUUUCUCAUUUCUUGUGUGUUGUGUCCACGACACCUUCGAUAGCUUUGCUCUUGUUGCAGGUUUAAUCUUUAGGCCACAAGAAUAACUUAUGUGAAUGGUUCAUGUAAUGUUGUGAAACAUUUAUUGUAAUAAUAAACUGUGAUUAAAAACUUGAGGCUGUUUUUUCAUGACCGAAGGAGGGAUCACUUCAGGGAAGGUUUGUACAUUUGUUCUGUCUCCAAAUAUAGAUUAAACUGUUAAGGCUGAAUGUAAUGGACUUCACCUGAGUCCGGAGGUUUCUCUGUUAUCGUUUGUUCUAGUGCCUGGAGGACAGGUGUGAUAAGAAGCCUGCUCAUUUUAAAGUAUUCUUUUUGUACAUCAUUGCUACUAAGAAUGCAAGUGUCCACUGUUAGCACUUGUUACAUUUUAACAUGGAUUAAAAAGAGCAUAGAUAAUGUAGAAUAAAGUUGUUUUUGACAUGGAAUACUACACUGGUGGGUCUCAGAUUACAGUAGCUGCACAGUGGGUCUUGUCCUUAGUCACCAAGUAUUUGCCCAUGCGCAGCUAUACACCAAGUCCAGUGCUCCUUGGCCUUCAGGCACUCCCAUAAUGCGCUUCUGUACCAUGUGGGAUAUAACGGGAAACCUCUUUAACAGAAUACUUUUUGACAUCUGAAUGUAUACUUGUUUUAGACCUGACAGUUGAUCUUCUGUAAAAGCGUUGUUACAUGUAAGCGGUUUCAGAAUCACAUUCCUUGUAAUGUGUAUGAAAUUGCUUACAUCUGUCUGAAGUAUAAGCGGUGAUGCAGACCAAAGUUGGUCAUCCUCAGUGAGACCUAGUAACUCUGAUUUUUAUUGACAGUAGAUUGCCAGUUCCUGGCAAGUGUGCAUUAUAUUGAAUGUUUCUCAAUGUCAAAACUUCAUAACUGCUGAAAAUUAGUUGCUGCACAUUAAUAAGUCUCUAAUUGAAUGGUUUCAUUGUAUAAAUUUCAACUUUAUUGUAACAUUUUAAGUAAUCAUUCAGCUAUCUGAAAUGCAACUCAAAUUUAUUUUCUUGGCAUUGUGCUGUUUUAUAAGAAAUCCAAAAAAGCUUUUGCAGAACUAAUUUCUGCUGCAAGCUAAAAAGAAUAACAUGAGUUUCUGUUCAAUUAUAAAUGUUGUCAAAUAUGCCUUUUCUCCUGAACUCUUCUGCUUGUACUUCAACUUCUUAGAAUGACCACCUACUUCUGGAUUUGCACCAUCACAGGUGGCCAGUGAAGUAGCUUUAAGGGCCACCAUUGGGACAUUGAAUGCAUGAGUAACAUUUUUUUAUUUUGUACCUUUGAAGAUGGAUUUGGCUGCUAUGCUAAAAUGAGGAUUUCUCUUCUCCCUGUAGCCAUGCGAUGGGACUGGCUGAGGCAGUCUCUCAGUGUUGCCCUGUACAGUCUGAGGCAAGUCUGACCUUCCCUUUCUCAUUGUAUUCAUGUCAAGGGCUUUCACAGCCUCCUGGCUGUUGGAUUGCGGUGUCCCCAAACUUGUAGCAAGUUUGGUGAAGGCCCUUGUUUGUCUUGGGUUGUUUUUUGGUAGGGUCUCCCAUAAGCUCCCAGGGUUUUACACAGGUUAAAUACAUUGGCCGCACUUCUUAUCAUGUGACUUGUAACUUCCGAAAGCCUACAACAAAAUGUGGCCUGCCUGUAAAAGCAGUGUUUCUCUGCACUUGAGAUAUUACCCUGAAGAACUUCUCAGCACACAUGCAUGUGUAUAAAUAAGGGGACAUGUUACAAGUAGAGCUUGAAACAGUUGUACUGAAGCGACUCUAAAUCUGGAUAAUUACAUGGUAAACAAUGCCAGAUGAGCAAUGAUCUCUUGGCAACUUUGACUGGUAACAUUUCCUCAGUCACCAUUACUUGAUAUUUAAGUUUUUAAAAGGAACAGUGUCCUCCACUGUGGCAUUUAUAUGGUUCUUGUAAACAACGGAAUGCUUUCAACUUUUUUGGUGUUUAUUUGCUUUGAAUCAACCUCAUUAGUUAAAUUUUCUGUUAACCUUUUAAUUUUAAAUCGGCAUUAUUAUCGGCACAUUUCUUGUGCAGUUGUGGAACAGGAAACCGAUUGCAGGACUUGUUAGAAACGAUUAUUGGUUUUUUCUGUGGUAAGUGAAUGUGCACUAAAAGUCCCACACAAGGAUGGUUGAGGCAGGCUCUGUCCUUUGUUUGAUGUAAUUUGUCUGUCAACUAUUGCAGCAACAUUUCUUCAGUUUUAUUUUCUUUUAACUGGUUUUGAUGGGGGACAAACCCUGAAACCUGACGUGUAACAGGUUGGUGUGCGCUGUAAGUACCUGUUUCUUAGUAUAGUGUUUCUGUGUUGCACAGAGUUUGUGAUGUCAGCAGUUCAUUCCUGUAUGAAGCUGUUUCAUUGCGCUUUUUAAAUGGCAAUAAAGUGCUAUGCAGUCUUAUGGGGAGAAUUGCUUUUUUCCUGUUACAUUUGGAAAUUGACAUAACUGAUUUUUGCAGUGUAGCACCAAUGUAUGUUCAGAAUACUCUGCAUUCCGUUUCAUAAAUGCAGCGGCAUUCAGGAGAAUCAGAAGAUGUGUGUAUUUUACAUUUUUCAAUGUAGACGAAGUGCGUGCGAAGUUGCAUCACUGUACGCAAGCUGUUUGUCCAGUUUUCAACAAUACUACAAUGAUUUAGGAACAGGGUAAGUAGCUCACAUUUGGGGUAAGUACUGUUUAAUGUGAUAUGAAGGUAUUGACAAAAAUUUUUCAGGUCAAUAUCAGAAGUUCCCCUUUUUCCCUCAUAGUCAGUGUUUUAUAGCAUUUUAAGGUGGGACAUUGCAAGAUUCUCCCUGCCAUCUGAAUUUGUUCCUGGAAAUCCAUAAGACAUGAGUUAUACUGAUAAAGCUGUUCCCGUUAUUGUUUCUGGGAAAAAAUUUAAUCCUUUCCCAGACUGACACAAGUUUACCCAAAAGAUACACAUCUAUUAACAUCUUCUAGCACUAUAAUUUUACAUUCUAUUUUAAAAAAGGUACUCCUAAGCAAGCUGGUUGGCCCUAUUGCCAUAUCCUAUAAUGUGCUACUUGGUGUAGUUUAAUGUGACUGAACUGCUUGUUACAGAUUUUCUACCAGUAGUGUGCCUUUUUUGACAGUUGUCAUUAUAUAAUAAUUGUAGUAAAAGAUCAGAUCUAACAAAAUUUUAACACCUUGAUUGUAGACAGUUUGAGGAUUGUGCGCAUGUAAUAUUCAUUUCAGUGGAAUGUGCACUUGGAAAAUGGUAAUGCAAUCAUGGAUGUAGUUUAAUGGCUGGAGUGAAGACAUUUGAAACAUGUUAGAAAAUAAGUAGGAAAAUGGGUUCUGCAGUACUUGGGUAGAUUAUGGUUUCUGAUACAGUUUUGUCUCCAUAUGCUUCUAUCCUGAAAAAAGAAUGUGCUUAAGCUAGUAUUAUACACACUGAGAGGGUACCUCUUACCAGCAUCCUCCAUGCUACCCACAACUUUGUCUGUUUAAUCUGAAGAGUAUACAUUUGUUUGUCUGGGACUACUUUCCAAUUUGACAGUCUGAAAUUGAAAAAAAAAUCUGGCUAACUAGGGACAGAAUCCUUGUCCUGGAGUGAGUGGUUCAAAUUCUUGAAGUCCUGAUAAGUAUCAAUGUAAUGAGUGUCCAUGUAAAGGAUUUUGUCAAAUCCUGGAUUUGAAUAUCAGAAGUGGUAAUCGUUAAACACUUGCUUUGAUGUUUGUAAAGAUUACAACACACCCGAGUCCACAAUGCCACCAUGGGCUUGUGGUCUUGUUUCAUGAGAUCUGAAGUUCAUAAACCAGUAAAGGAGGUGCUACCUGUGUAAUCUCACACAGAUGUUAUUAAUGCACCAGGUCAUGUUGCUGUUAUAUAAUUAGAUUAUUUUUGCAGUUUAAUUGGUUCCAUCUGUUAUCACUGCUUUCUUGUCCUAAUGCAGGGUUAAAAGAGUAAGUAGGGCACUAAGCUUGACAGGAUACACCCCAAACCAGAAACCAGUCCGUUGCAGAGCAUUUGCCUAUAUUAACACUCUAAAGGCAGUUGUCACCAGUUCACCUGAAACAUUCCUAUGGCUUGUGGGAGGAAACCAGAGCGCCCAGAGGAAACCCAUGCAAACACUAAAAACACUUGACUCCACCUAACCCACAGUGCGGGGACAGAAAAAGUUUUAAAAGAACACAGUAAGUUGAAUGUGAGAAAAAGGAGCACACGUGUUUUGUAUAUGAUUAUGAACAUGUCUGUCUUAAGCCUGGAUUUAAAGAUGUCCAAAGCAGUUCUGAUAUUUUAAACUUGGUUUUGAAUGAGAUUUGCUAACAUAUUUAACAAUUUUUCAUGUUUGGUAUAAAAAAGUCAAAACAUUUCUCACUCAUGAGCUCAUUUUACUCUUUUCAUUGUAAUUAUUUUUUGAGAAUUUGCCUUAUUAGCAGAUGUUUGGGGACAAAUUGUUUUGUGAGGGGAAGUAUGUUACUGUGGGUUAGCACUCUUCAGCAUUAAACAGUUUAUCUAAAUAAAAGAUAACAUUUGUAGGUAUAUUGUUAUCCAGUUGAAGAUUCCUUGAAGAUUAAUUUUUCUUAACUUAGUUCUCAGCAUUAAAUGGGUGCAGUCUUAACAUUUUGCUUUUCAUUUAAAUAAGUUCUUUAAACAAAGCUGACUUGUUAAAGUAUGUGACCUGUAUUUUACCAAGAACACUGCCGUUAACACUGUUACAGUGCACUUCAGAUCUAGUGUAUUCAUGUGCUCAAUACUAGAACUUCUGUAA